AUGCUACAUAAUCAAUUUCUUGUCCUAAUCACAUCGAUAUUAUGUCUAUUCAUCACACCAGCCCAUGCUAGAAGAAAAUUGUCUGCUUCUUCAUUAGUUACAUGUAUGGAGAAUUCACAAAUUUCUCCACAAACUUUUAAUGUCACUUUCAACCCAGAUGAUCGUUCUUUACGAUAUACUUUGGAUCUAAACACAGAAAUCUCGGGUAAAGUAAUUGCUCAUGUUCAAGUUUAUGCUUAUGGGUUCAUGAUUAUUGAAAAGGAUGUUGAUUUAUGUGAUAUUGGUUGGAAACAAUUUUGUCCUCUUUACCCUGGACAAUUGAAAGUUGAUUCAGUUCAAUAUAUCAGUUCAACAUAUACCAAGGAAAUACCUGGUAUUGCUUACCAAGUUCCUGAUAUUGACGCUGUUGUUAAAGUUAUUGUUCGUGACCAAUCAACUGGUGAACAAGUUUCAUGUCUUCAGGCUAGUUUUACCAAUGGUAAAACUGUUAGUCAAACUGGUGUUAAAUGGGCUACUGCUGUUAUUGCUGGUUUAGGUUUACUUAUUGCUGCCAUGUUGUCGACUUUUGGAAAUUCCAAUGCUGCUUCCCACAUUGCUGCCAAUGCAGUUUCCCUUUUCCUUUAUUUCCAAAGUGUUGUUGUUGUUUCAAUGCAAGCAGUGGAGAGAAUGCCACCAAUUGCUAGUGCAUGGGCUGAGAAUUUAGCUUGGUCAAUGGGAUUGAUUCGAAUCAAGUUUAUGCAACAAAUUUUUAGAUGGUAUGUUCAACUGACUGGUGGUACACCAACAACCUAUUUCAUUGGUGAAACAGAACAAAUAUUGGUGCAAAAGAGUAAACGUUCAUUAGAAUAUGAAUCAUUUUAUUUGGGUAAAAAAGUGAUUGAUUAUGCUAAACGUGGAUUGGAUUAUUCAUUGCAUUCAAAUACAUACUUGAUUGUUUUACGUGGUAUCAAGAGAAUUGGACAUAAUUCACACAUUGAAUCAACAUCAAUUGUCCCCACUGGAUAUACUUGGUUUAUUCUUAUUGGAUAUUUGCUUGUCGCUUUAUUGAUUUUCUCCAAAUCAAUUGUUGUUUUAUUAACAAGAUCUGGCAAAUUAAACCCACGCAGUUUUUCCAUGUUUAGAUCAAAUUUCAGUAGUGUUGUUAAAGGGUCAUUAUUGAGAUAUAUUUGGAUUGGAUCAACACAAUUGACAAUUUUCUCAUUAUGGGAGUUUACUAGAGUUGAUUCUGGUGCUGUUGUUGUAUUGGCAGUAUUGUUUCUCCUUUUGAUGAUUAUUGUAUUUGGUUGGAGCUUCUACAACGUCUUGCGUAUUGGACAAUUAUCACGUCGCAAAUUUAAUAACCCAGCUGCAUUGUUGUAUGGUGAACAAAAAACUUUGGAAAAGUAUGGAUUCUGUUAUACAAUGUUUCAUGCAGAAUACUAUUGGUUUGGUAUGGUUUUACUAGGAUACAAUGUAUUCAAGGGUAUUUUCAUUGCCUUUUGUCAAGGAUCAAUUGGUGGCAAGGUUUCAGUUUGGCCAAUUUUCAUUGCUGAUCUAGCAUACACCAUUGUAUUAUUUUGGCUCAAACCAUUUUUGAACAAACCGACAAAUAUCUUAAACUAUAUGAUUGCCAUUGUCACCACCAUCAAUUCCUUUUUGUUUCUAUUCUUUUCCGAUAUCUUUGGCCAACCAGCACAAGUUGCUUCCAUUAUGGGAUGGGUUUUCUUCAUCUUGAAUGCGGCAUUUUCAUUUGUAUUGUUGAUCUUCAUUAUUGCCCUUUCGUUGUUUUCAGUAUUGAGUAAAAAUCCUGAUGCCAGAUUUGCUCCAGCUAAAGAUGAUCGUUUUUCAUUUCAAAGGAAGUCAUCUAUCAAGGAUAAAAACAAUCGUCAAUCUACAUAUUUCACCGAAAAGAGUGGUAAUGCUGGAGGUAACGAGUUGGCAGCAUUGGGUAUUGCUGCACAAGACCAUUCGGCUGAUUGGGAAUCACAAAUGUAUAAAUUGCAUGAUGUAUCAAAUGAGGAUGUUUCGUCGAGUACUACACCUGACCAUAUCAGACCUAACCAUAGAGUUAACGGUAACAGUGAUGAUAUAAUUGAGUCGGAAUCGGUGUAUUCUGAUGAACAUCAUCAUAAUGCAGGUGCAGGUGCAGAUGGAACAACAGGCGCAACAUCAACUUUUGGUGAAUGGAAGAGCAAACUUGCCAGGAAAUUAUCCAAGAAAAAGAGCGUCAACAGAAAACAUAAUAGUGGAAGUAGUGAUGAGGUCAAUAUGACUAGAAUCAGUGACACAUUACAUUUCGAUGAUGACUUUGAUGAGGAGGAUUCAAAUGAUAAAUUAGAUUUCACACCAAGCACUCACCAACAACAACAAUUCCAAAGACCUAAUCCUGUACGUGAUGACAGUGACGAGGCAGCUAAUGGACAUGCACGUAAUGGGAGUACUACUUCAAAUCUAGUCAGAUCGAAUCCCACAAAUAAAUUGAAUAUUGUAUAA